AUGACUGAGGAUUUUGAUAGUCCAAUGCCGAUGAAACCAGGUGGGUUGAACCACAAUGCGCGCGAUAGGAGUGGUUAUGUUCAUUCGGUGCUAAACCCAGUUGAGAAUCUUACACAAUGGAAAGCUGUCAAAGCCAAAGGGACACCACUGAUGAAACCUCAGAAAGAGAAUUUCACACAAGAUCAAGAACCCCGGAUUUCGUUCAGUUCAGAGCCAAGUUUGAGCUUUAAAACAAAAGCUGAUCAAGACAAGAAGCAAUCAAAGAAUCCCAACCAAGAAUUGGCAGUUGAUGCUAGCCUCUCGAACUGGUUGGUUUCAUCAGAACAUACGCCAGUUAACAAGGCCAGCACAACUGCUUUAGACACCUUCACGCCUGAGAAAAGCACUUCCCAUGGAUCAAACUCAGCAAGAAGCCAUCAAGAUAGACCAAUUUUAGGUGCAUUAACUGUUGAAGAGCUCAGACAAUUUCCAGCCUCAUCUUCACCAAGGAAGUCACCGAGUAGAAGCCCUGACGAGAUGGCCAUAAUAGGGUCUGUUGGAACAUACUGGAAUCACAGAGCUCCUCCUCCCGCUGCUAAGAGUUUGGGUGCCUCAUCUUUCAAAGGAAUACCAAACUCAACCAGCAAAUACAGAUAG